AUGCACGGCCGCUCAGCAUCUAUUGCCACACCUCAGGAAUUGCAACAUAUGAACAACUUCUCUCCCUCAGCACAAAGUCCCAACCCUGCAUUCAUCAAGCCCGAGGACCGCCGCAUGUCUCUGCCUGUUCAGCCGCAGCAGAACGCUGUCGCAUCACCGCCUCAGCUUACUUCUGCCUCGCGAACUUCAUCAUCGACCAGCCUCACCAACUUGAAGCAUGAAGCAGCUAAGCAGAGCAAUGGUCAGACGUCGCCGACGGCACAGGCCUCACCGCCCACAUACCCCUCUUCCUACAACAACGUCUCGCCUGCCUUUGAUCCUAGCAUGAUGAACAUGAUGCCUUUCUCUACUUCACUGCCUCACGAAUCACAGCAACUGCUUGGACCUGCAUUCGACCAGAACGAUGCCUUCUCGCAGAUGCUCAUGGGUAACUACGGCCAGCAACAGUCGCAGCCCUUCUACACUUACAACCCCAACCCUACCAAGUUCAAGGGUGGCAGCCCUUGCUUCGAUGGCAUCAACCAGACUCUUGCUCCUGGCAUGCUCGACAACAACAUGGACAAGUUCAGUACACCGAUGUCGGGUGCUGACUCUGUUCUCACACCGUCAACCACAUUCGGAUUCGAUUCGAACUUUGACCCUCUCAAAGGAUUCUCGCACAACAACGUCAGCGGCAUGACAACACCUGGCGAGAACGACUGGUCAAAUCUUCUUGAUUCGAAUGCCUGGGAGGAGCAGAGUUCGCAAGCUGCUGUUGUCAACUGA